CUGCAAAGAGAAAAACAAGAAAGAUCAUCUUUUUUCUGUUCUCUCGAAAGCUUCAAAGUGUGCAUCAAAGAAAAUGCGACGCAGGCAUAGCGACAUUCCCGCCAGGAUGCGCAGGCGAUGCGCAUUUAUGGUGCUGUUGACCGGUUUUUUCCGCGCGGCAGCGAGUCAAAGUUCUACCGGGAACACCGUGUCCGGCGACUUCAGAGCUUCUACUUCAGCUAGCGCGUCAGCGCUGCGUCCGAGUAACCCGGUUCCGUCAAGCUACAACACGGGCGGGCCGCGUGCUGCACCGGAGCGACCCAACUUCGACUACCCUUACCGCACGUUUGUGCGCUUACGAACGCGUCCAGAGCAAAUUGCUGAUAGCAUCGCACCGAUAGACCUGAGUUUUUACGUCGACUACAACUCGCCACAACUGUGGCGCAUCGAUUACUUCAACUUCCUGCAGGUUGAUUAUCACAUCGACCGCAAUGCCAGCGAUCAGGACAGUGAGGACGGCGCCGGGGCUGGUGGACCAAGGAACGACCGAACAGUCGAGGUCGGGAGUGCCGGCGCAGCAGGCGGGAAAUCAAACGAGUCAGGAAUUAAGAAUGCGACCAAGAACGAGGUCGUUGUAAAUACCGUUCCUAGGAAAAAGAACUACAAGUACCUUUACCGCAAUGGAGAGCGCGUCUGCCUCACAGAAGAAACGGGUGAUCCCACUUGGCAGCACCUCGCUCUCUUGCCGGAUCUUUCGCACUACACGUACACCGGAGACGUUGUGGUAUAAGCAUUUCUCUUAGAUACAACAAAAUUUUUCCUUGUUACCGAAAUUCAUGAUACUUCCUUCCUACGCUUUCCAAAAGAACGAGAUAUAAACGCCAGGUACGGGGCAUGCUUUGCCAUGAGUGGACGUCCGGUGUACCCCUUGUCGAAGUCGACACUGAUAAGGGUGGCUAUCUCAAGCUCUAUACUGAUGCAAAUUUAUGAACAAAGUUUAACGCUCGGUCCGCCUUUGUAAAUCAACGACGGGCACUGGGAGAUUUUAUUGUGAUAUUUCUAUGUGCUGAGCAGUACUUCGUCUCAUGUUUUAGUUGUCAACUCCAAAACCAAAUCGUCGCUCUUCUAAUUAAUGGCGGAGCUCCUGUCCAGUGGACAGCUUUCAGGGCGCGCAACCCGGUGUUUGAUGCCCAUACGGAUGCAUGGGAAAUCGAUUAUAUGUUUUUUGAACCCGCAGUCGAUCCUGACAGUGGGAUCAAUGCGCAGUCCAGGCUAAGGAUCUUUGACUUGCCCAAAGAGUGCGUCAACGCUCCGAUCAUCUUUCCGAGCAUGAGCCUGCGUACGCACUUCGUCGCGGGGGCUGGUGGAGCGGGGGUGACUGAUAAAAAUAGGCUUCUCGCGUCUGCUUCAACUACUGGGAGCGAAGCCGUGCAGGAGGUAGCAGGUGGAGAGUCGGCGACCUCGAAGUUAGCAAGCGCCGCAACGGUACCAGCAGCAGGUGAGAACGUCGAUGCGCAAGAGAGCAGAGACAAGGAACUUGCGGAUUUGGCACUUGCCUAUGCUCGCUCAUCUAAGAUGGGUCACAAGUUGGAUCCGGUGAUUCGUUUAGGACAGCUCUUACACGCAGAAAUACUGGAGGCGGAAUUGAUGGGACAAGAGGCACAUCAAUCUAAAUCAACAAGAGAGGUAGAGUUGCAGUUUCUUCUCCAGCAUCCGGAAGUACUGCGACGGCUAAUUCGCGACGCACCGCUGCUCUCUCGUCAGGCAGCCAAUGCUUUGACUAUGCUUCGGCAGAAAGCAGGUCUUUUCACUGCUAGCGGCAAGAAGACGGCUGAAGCGGAAGAUAUUACGUCCUCCUCCUCAACCAAAACCAAACAUGCUUUUGUACUUCUCGAUGAGCUUUUGCAGGCAAACAAUUCGGAAAUGCCAGAAACCUCGGAACGAAUAUCAUCCGACGAGAUUCCAUUACUCGGAAAUCGGCUUGCAGCCUUUGACUAUCGUGCAGCGGCAGAAGGGCUUAUUGCUCAGAUGUCGGCGGGAGCUGCAAAGGCACCAAGAGGUGCGUCUGGUGUGACUGCGGGUGACAAGAUCGAAGAAGGCGACCAGCAAGCAGCAUUGAGUCUAGGCUUGCGUGGAACAUCGCCGUCAGCCGAUUUUCUUCCGUCUGGAACCAUGCCAGUUGGAGACGAGGUCGAGCUGAAUCCAAAUAGUUUCGCGAUGCCCGAACACAAGAGCAAAGUACUGCACGAUGCGACGAAGCUAUGUUCCUAGCUUUUGAAUUUCCGAUAGAGGUAACCAAAUCAAUACUGAAAUCACUGCAAAGUAUUGUUGAUUUAGAUUCUCUCUUCGCCACAGCCACCUACUUUCAAGAACGUCUAAAACACAUGGAGGAGAGUAUUCGCCUUGUGCUGCCGCGUUACUACGACUUGCGAUUUCUUCUUGGACCUGUAAAAGAUCAAGGUAUCUGUGGAUCCUGUUGGUCGUUCGCCUUCAUCGCCGCGGUUGAAGGUGCGCUCGCACAGGGCGGAGAGCGAUUAGACAAUCCGCUUUCGGAACAGUUCAUACUGGAUUGCGCAUGGGGCCAGACGAGUCACGCGUGUGACGGUGGAAACGCAGGCGCUGAGGAAAUGGUUGGAAUUCCGAUUCCAGAGGGUGGAGAUUACGGCGGCUAUCUUUCCGUUGCGGGCCGUUGCCACGAACCGCUUGCUGCACAGGCCGUGGUGACGCACUGGGUUCUCGUGCCACCAAUUCAUCAAGCGAUCAAAGCUGCGCUCUUCCUGAAAGGGAUUCUGGCGGUACUUAAUUUUCAACUAUUAUCGAACGCGUAGGAUAGUGGUAGUGGUAUGUUGAUGAAGUCAUGAUGUUAUCGUCUUAGGCUUCGAAGAAUACCUUAUAGUGAAGGUAUAUGGACACUACUAUUGAAACUUUAACUUACUAUGUCUUAAGUAAUCACGAUCAACAAUCAAGGUCGUUUUAUUCGCGGGACCUGAUGUUUUGUAUUAUGCCGGCGGUGUGAUCGAUGUGCCUGCUUGUGAGGGCAUAACUUUGGAGCAGACCGAUCACGCAGUGGCCUUGACGGGGUACGACGAUGACGGAGGUGUCGCAGGCAUACCAUUCUGGACAGUGAGAAAUUCGUGGUCCACGGCAUGGGGUGAAUUGGGCUACUUUCGAAUCGCGCAAGCUAGGGACUGCGGCGUCUCUCUGCAGCCAGCCUAUGCGAAGCUCGCGGAAAGCAGAACUGAUGAAAGCAGAAUGAAAGGGCAUUCCGCCACCGCUCAUCAAGCAGAUGCACGCUGGUUCAGCUGGGACAUGAAAGCACAUUACACAGAGCUUCAUUCGUAA